AUGGGACUACUCGACAUUAUCAAAUCAUUCAAAUCUAAUAAUGGACGUGAAAUUCGGAUUCUACUACUUGGCCUUGACAACGCUGGCAAAACGAGCAUUCUGAAGCAAUUAUCGGCUGAAGAAAUCACGAAUGUAACCCCGACUCGAGGAUUCAAUGUGAAGAGUGUGGUCACAAAUGGAGAUAUUCGACUGAAUGUUUGGGAUAUUGGAGGCCAACGAUCGAUUCGACCAUUCUGGAGCAAUUACUUUGAAAAUACUGAUGCACUGAUCUAUGUGAUUGAUUCGAGUGAUCGACGGAGAUUCGAUGAGACGAGUGUGGAGCUUAUGGAACUGCUGGAUGAAGAAAAACUGAGGUAA